AUGAGCGACGAGGAUACGAUCGCUCGUCUCGAGAGGGUGCUGCAAGAAGCUGAGCAGCGCCAGUCCACCGAAGCUGCGCGAUCUUCGCACGCGAGGAAGAUUCGCAAAGCAAUGAACGUGCCACCUCUCGAAAGAGAAAGAGGAUCUGCGCGGCCACCGCCGGUUGUUCCCGCCACCAGGCCCCGACCCCGAGCCCGACGUCAGCCUGUGGUUAUGAGGGUCAACCACUUCGCGCGAGCGAGGGCGUACGUUAACGGCGCGAAGGGCAGCCUGGGCCGGCUCGGGCCGUACUGUCUUCGCGGGCUGGCCUCCGUCGCCGGCUUUGCCAUCUGGCUGUUCCUCUUCUGCAUCCGCGGCUUCAUGCGCUGGUACAUCCACUGUUGGCCCACGGUCUCGACGAUCUCCUUCGGGCUCGUGCUGGUCGGGGUGUGGUAUGUGAUCAUGUGUGGGCUGAUGGCGCUCGACCAAAGCGAGAUGGGCAUCGUGACGAGCACUAUGUAUCUCGUCGGUGGGCUCUGUCGGUUCAAGCAAGGCGAUUUUACGGCUCUGGUCCACGAGAAUGUGUGUCCGUGGUGGCCGACGCGGAAUGCGCGAAUCUGUACGAACGCUGACAAGACGAUUAACGAAGCCCGGCUCAAGAGAGAGUUUCACGACGGCAAAGGGAGAGGGAGAGGCCGAGGGGGGAUGGGCAUGGGAGGGGCGUGGGAUGCGACGGGCAAGUCUGGCUUUGAUGGCCAGGAUCAGGACCAAGGCGGAUGGCCAGAAGAGCUGCCCAAGGCCUUUGGAUCGCAGAUGACCUGGGAGAGCGUGGUGGAGAGCGCCUUGGAAUUGCAGGACGAGACGCGCGCCAUGGUCGAGAUCGCGGAUGCGUGGGAAGAAGCCGAGUUCUUCUGGCGGUCGUGGGGGAUUGGGCUGGAAGAGCUGAAUGGGGACGGGGACGAGGACGGGCUGGCCGUCGAGGAUGGGAGUCGUGCUGGUGGUGACAGUGAUUACGCUCACGAUCCGCAACGAGCUCAAGAUAAAGCGAAGCAGGGUGAUGGUGGUCGUGGUGGUAAUGCGGAGGAUGAAGAUGAAGAUGAAGAAGUCUGGCACGUCUGCAGAAAGUCGGCAGCGAAACCGAAACCGAAUCCCAACCCGAAUCCUCAGCCUUAUCCUCAGCCUCGGCCCCGGCAUCCAUCUCGCUCCGACUCGACAUGGGCAUCUUCAGAGCAACGAAAGAAGACCGACCGACGCGACUCUCCUCCUUCUAAUCCUUAUCCUUACGCCUAUCCCAAACCCGAACCCGAACCCAAACCCAAACCCACACCCAAAUCCAAAUCCAAAUCCAAACCCUCACCUCUCUCAACCUCCCAUCUCCAGCCUUUCGACCCUCGACUGGACCUCGUCCGCGCCAUCCACGCCGUAUCGACGCCACUCCGCCGCUGCACCAGCCUCCUCCCCGAAAUCCCCGGCUAUACCGUCUCGCUGCUCAGCAAGAUCGGCGUCACGAUCUUGCACACCAAAGCCCAUAUCGCUGAGCUCGACCCGCGCCGUCCCGCCGAUACGAAAGAGCUGGUGCGCGAGUACGUGUUCCAGACGAAUGUGAUCCUGCGCUACCUCGAGCGGUUGAUUGCCGUCGUCAAUGAGACGAUCGCCGCCGACCAGCGUGCGAAAGUCGAGAUGAUCUACGUAUCGUGCUGGCUACGUGUCGUCGAGUCCUACCUGGAGCAGCAGUGGCUCACACGCUUGCGGGCUCGCCCCUUCUGGGCGCGCAGCUUCAGUGACCCGGAGCGCGAUGCGGUCGAGCUGCCGCAGUGGGCGAAUGUCCAAUCUGCGCAGGCCAUUCGAGAGGUGACGAUGACGGGCUUGAUGGAACUGUUGACGGCGCUGCGGGAGAUUGACGGGAGUCUGAAGGCCUUUCAGCUGAGUAUUGAGGACGGAGGGCUGGCCAUCCAAGGGAGGUGGAGCGUCGAGAGUCACGUCGCCGUCUUGCACGACCAGUGGCUCUUUUUCAGCAAGUGUGGACGGAAGAUUCAACCGGACAAGUGA